UAUAUUCUGGGGCUGACGAUAGAGACGGGUCUGGGGAAGCUUUUAGAAUUUUCGUCCUCUGCUUUGUAGGGGAAAUGCUGCGCGCCUCGCUCCGAGAGAUUUCUGCAGCAUUAAAAGAAGGCCAAGUAAGUCCAGUAGAGCUCUGUCAGAAAUGUCUUGCCUUAGUCAAGGCCACCAAAUUUCUUAAUGCUUAUAUCACUGUAGCAGAAGACACAGCAUUAAAGCAGGCUAAAGCAUCUGAAAAGAGAUAUAGACAAGGUCAGAGGCUGGGAGACUUAGAUGGAAUUCCUAUUGCAAUGAAAGACAACUUCAGUACAAUGGGUAUUGAAACAACAUGUGCAUCCAAUAUGCUAAAAGGUUACAUUCCCCCUUACAAUGCAACCGUAGUUCAGAAAUUGCUGGAUCAAGGAGCUAUACUUGUUGGAAAAACAAACCUAGAUGAGUUUGCUAUGGGCUCUGGAAGUACUGAUGGGGCAUUUGGGCCAGUGAGAAACCCCUGGAGUUAUUCACAACAAUAUAGAGAAAAGUGUGUCCGAAACUCCAGCAUGCAAAAUGAGGACUGCAGCUGGCUGAUAACAGGAGGGAGCUCUGGAGGCAGUGCAGCCGCAGUAUCAUCGUUCACAUGCUUUGCGGCACUAGGAUCAGAUACAGGGGGAUCAACCAGAAACCCAGCCUCUCUGUGUGGAGUUGUUGGUUUGAAGCCAACAUAUGGCGUAGUUUCCCGUCAUGGCCUCAUUCCGCUUGUGAACUCUAUGGAUGUGCCAGGCAUUUUAACAAGAUGUGUGGAUGAUGCAGCGACCAUAUUGGGAGCACUUGGUGGGCAUGAUCCAAAAGACUCAACCACAGUACAGGACCCUUUUCAUCCAUUCCACCUACCCAGUAUGACAGACAUGAAUAAUCUUUGCAUAGGCAUACCAAAGGAAUACAAUGCACCAGGAUUGUCAAGUGAAACGUUAGCAACGUGGUCCAAGGCAGCCAUCCUCUUUGAGAAAGCAGGUGCCAAAGUGGUUGAAGUGAGUCUGCCCCACACUUGUUACUCAAUUGUCUGUUACCAUGUGCUGUGUGCAGCUGAAGUAGCAUCAAACAUGGCCCGAUUUGAUGGUCUGGAAUAUGGGCAUCGCAGCAGUGCUGACAAAUCCACUGAAGCCUUGUAUGCAGCAACACGCCGGGAAGGCUUUAAUGAUGUUGUAAGGGGAAGAAUUCUAUCAGGAAACUAUUUCUUGCUAAAACAGAAUUACGAGAGCUAUUUUAUUAAAGCCCAGAAAGUGAGAAGACUCAUUGCUUCUGAUUUUGCAAAAGUCUUCAGUUCUGGUGUUGAUGUGCUGCUUACUCCAACUACUUUGGGCCCCGCUGUGCCAUAUACGGAGUUCAUCAAGGAAGACAAUAGAACCCGCAGCACUCAGGAUGACCUUUUCACUCAGGCUGCCAAUAUGGCUGGGCUGCCAGCUAUAAACGUUCCUUCAGCGCUCUCUGAAAGAGGCUUACCGAUUGGGCUGCAAUUUAUUGGUCGUGCAUUCUGUGAGUUGCAGCUUCUCAAUGUAGCUAAAUGGUUUGAAGAGCACGUUCAAUUCCCUGCCAUACAGCUACAGGGGAUAAUGGAUCCAGUUGAUGCUGUCACUCAAGAGGAGAAAUCAGCAUCUUUUCCCUGAUAUAAGACUGGAAGUUAUUAACUAUACAGAUUCUGGAGCAGCCCAUGUCUGUGUUCAAAGUGUCAAGAAUACAAUUUCUGUAUGAAUGAUACUCUGAUUCAAGAAGCAAACACAAUAAAUAAUAAACAAAUAAAAAGGGAAA